AGCCGCGGAGAUCAAGUAGACAAGCCCUGCGCGCGCGGCGGGGAUAGAACGUUGCUAGAGUUGGCGGGUCUCGCUGCUGGGGGCCGGAGCCACAAGCCUUGGACCGCCGCGCGCCAAAGCGGGAAUCCGGGAGGCUGGCAACUGCAAUUAAUGCAUGCAUUUAAAACUCCCGAACCUGUGGACGCCAUGCACAGGAAACACCUCCAGGAGAUUCCUGACCAGAGUAGCAACGUUACCACCAGCUUCACGUGGGGAUGGGAUUCUAGCAAGACUUCUGAACUGCUGUCAGGCAUGGGGGUCUCCACCCUGGAGAAGGAGGAGGUGGACAGUGAGAACAUCCCCCAGGAACUUCUUUCAAACCUGAGUCACCCGCAGAGCCCCCCACGUAAACGGCUGAAGAGCAAAGGGAAUGACAAGGACUUUGUGAUUGUCCGCAGACCCAAGCUAAAUCGAGAGAACUUUCCAGGUGUUUCGUGGGACUCCCUUCCAGAUGAGCUGCUCUUAAGCAUCUUUUCCUGCCUGUGCCUCCCUGAACUGCUCAAAGUGUCCAGCAUCUGUAAGAGGUGGUAUCACCUGGCGUUCGACGAGUCUCUAUGGCAGACCUUAGACCUCACCGGUAAAAACCUGCACCCGGAUGUCAUUGGGCGGUUGCUGUCUCGAGGCGUGGUCGCCUUCUGCUGUCCACGGUCAUUUGUGGACUCAUCACUAGUUGAACAUUGCAGCCCUUUUCGUGUCCAGCACAUGGACCUGUCGAACUCGGUCAUCGAUGUGUCUACGCUCCAUGGCAUUCUGUCCCUGUGCUCCAAGUUGCAGAAUCUAAGCCUGGAAGGCCUACAGCUUUCGGAUCCCAUUGUCAGUAAUCUUGCGCAGAACUCAAAUUUAGUGCGACUGAACCUUUCUGGGUGUUCUGGAUUCUCUGAAUCGGCCCUGAAGACUUUGCUGAGCAGCUGCUCCAGAUUGGAUGAGCUAAACCUCUCCUGGUGCUUUGACUUCACUGAAAAACAUGUGCAAGUGGCUGUCGCGCAUGUGUCAGAGACUAUCACCCAGCUGAAUCUCAGCGGCUACCGGAAGAAUCUGCAGAGAUCAGAUGUCUCUACCUUAGUUGGAAGAUGCCCCAACCUUGUCCAUCUAGACUUAAGUGACAGUAUCAUGCUGAAGCAGGACUGCUUUCCGGAAUUUUUCCAGCUCAACUACCUCCAACACCUUUCACUCAGUCGGUGCUAUGAUAUAAUACCUGAAACUUUACUUGAACUUGGAGAAAUUCCCACACUAAAAACACUGCAAGUUUUUGGAAUCGUGCCAGACAGUACCCUUCAACUGUUAAAGGAAGCUCUUCCUCAUCUACAGAUCAAUUGCUCCCAUUUUACCACCAUUGCCAGGCCUACUGUUGGCAACAAAAACAACCCGGAGAUAUGGGGCAUCAAAUGUCGACUGACAUUGCAAAAGCCCACCUGUCUAUGAAGUAUUUAUUGCAGGAUGGUGUCUCUUUUUUUUUGGAACAGGGAAAAUAGUAGGAAGCCCAACUGCCGGAGUACUCAGCUAUUUUUGUUCUUGGUUUUCCCGUUGCCUUCAUCCUGCAAGUAUAUCCAAGAACCAUUUGAGAGAGAAAACUAUGAAGUGUUGCUUUUUAUAAAUGACUACAAAAGCUUCUGUCACUGCUAUGCCCUUACGAACCUAAGUGUAGGACAUAACAAAAUUUUAGGAAAGUGAGCCUGUAAUUUCAAGAUAUCUUAAAGAGCAAAAUUUGAGCCAUCUCUUUCAGUGCCCUUAUUAAAUCUGUUUAGACUCAAGCUUAAAAAUCACCAGCAAAUCAUUUUCAUGAUUCUGUAUGGUAACUUAACUUUCCUAUUUAAUUCUCUAGUAUUGCUUUGUAAGACAUAGAUUGGGAGGAUAAUAUGCUGUUUGUAUUGUGUGGGCUGAACAGUAAGAAUCAUAGAAUAGGAGAUUUGUUGGCAGUCUUUUCUGGGGAUAGAAAAAGAAAAAUACUCAUUUCAACUUUAUCUUUUCAUUUGUAGUUAGGCGCUUGUAAGUAACUAGCCCUGAGAAAUCCACCUCAAAACCUAAGUAAAAAACAACCAACCAACCAGCCAGAGGUACAGAGUUGACGUAGAAUUUGAAGGUUCAGGAGGCAGCUUCUUAUGACAGGUUAAUCCCCUGUAAAUCACAUGGAUAAGUAAACUUGACUCAUUUCCCAGAAUUCUAAAUUAGCUGAAGAGAUAUAAUUGUGGUCUUACAACUUUAUGAUCAAAUGAUGUUAACAUGGGUUCUUUAGCUUUUUAAAUGCCUUGCUUUGUUUUAGAAACGUGGUAAUAACCAGUCAGUCUCUGUUCUGGAAAUGCUGAUGGAAGGCUGAACUAAAGUUGCCUGCCAUUUUCUUUCAUUGCUGAGGUCCUUGAAGUUAUUUUUGUAUUACUCUGGAAUCAAGUACUUUUAAUCGUCCUUUGUUUUUUUAAAGUGUCUCCCACAAUGGUUGCUUGAAACUACCCAUUUUACAAGGUUACUGGACCUAAAGUUCCCUAAGAAGAACUGCAUGUUCCUCUCAAUCACAAAUACAAUAGAAGCAGGUGUAUGUUCCAUAGUUUCAGAGCAGAAAGCACAGCGUGCACCUGCACACAAGUUAACUCAGGUGGUGAACCUUUUGUAGCUUCAGUGAUUUUUUUAAAUGGCACACAGUAGAAGCAAGAGAGUUAAAUUCUACUUAAAACACACACACACACACAAAACACUAAUUUCUUGUGUAAAUUGAUGACCUCCCCAUAUGUGCAAAAUGGAAUAGAAAAGCCAAAACCUACCACUUCUAUUAACAUUGUUUUUUUAAUCAGAUUUUUCAAUGUUAGAAACAAUGGUAUGAAGUGCCCUUAUCUGCCUGUAUCUAAGGAAGAACAUUUUAAAGUAGUUAUACUGGAAAUGAUUAUGUUUCAAUUUUGUAGUAGUUAAAAAGUGCUAAAUACUACUUGAAAUUCUUGUUUACAGAUUAGUGACGAGGGCCGGUGAUAGGAUCCGGUUGCACUCUGACUUCCGGAUGCCCUCAAACAUGCAGUACUUCCAAACUCAAGUCCAGCCAUAAGCUAUUUUGCUAACAUGACAGAGUAAUCUGUAUUUUUGUAUGUGAUUUCUACUUUUAUAGACUUGUUUUAAAAUAAAGCACAUUUUUAUAAAAA